AUGAUGGAAAAUCAUAGUCAUCUUUCAAUAUUCUUAUUAAAUGAUUAUGAUUCAUGUACAUUUACAAAUGAAAUACUUAUACGUUAUUUUGGUAUAAUAAUUUUCUCGAUUGGAAUUAUAUCAACAUUAUUAAGUAUUUGUGUAUUUACAAGAAAACCUCUUCGUCGUAAAUCAUGUUGCUUUUAUUUUUUAAUAUUAGCAAUAAGUGAUUCAAUACAUUUAACAACAAUGACGAUUGAACAUUUACGAUAUAGUUUUCAUAUUGAUUUAAUUGUAUUUUAUUCAAUUACUUGUAAAUCUAUUAUAUUUAUGAUAUAUUUUUCGAAUCAUUUAUCCAAUAUUGUAAUAACAUUAGCAUCAAUUGAUCGAUUUAUUUUAAUUUAUUAUCCAUCACAAUCUAAACGUUUUUGUAAAACAAGUAAAGCUAAAUGGCUUGUUUUAAUCGUUAUAAUAAUUCUUCUAUUUUCUACUGGACAUAUUCUAUAUGGAUAUGAAAGAGUUUCAUUAAAUUUUAACAACUCAUACUAUUUAUAUGAUUGUAAUAUACCUCAUGAUAAUAGAAUUUAUAUCAGUUUCUUUAACUUUUAUGAUUCAUAUAUUGAAAGUAUAUGUUUUGUUUUUAUUCCAUUUAUCAUCAUGAGUUUAUGUUCAAUAUUAAUUAUAUUUCAAAUAACUGGAACACGUAAAACAAUACGUCAUAAUAAUCACAUGCGAAACACUCGAUUACGUAAUAAAGAUAUUCAAUUAUGUUGUAUGUUAAUUGGUACGUCGUUUGCAUUUCUUGUUCUUUGUUUACCAGCUGAAAUAAAUGAUAUAUUUAAUUAUAUUACGUAUGAACGUUCAUGUUAUCAUUGGUUUCGAAAAGUUAUUUUAAUGCUUAUGCAACAAAUUUAUUAUGCUGGACAUUUUUAUAUUUAUACAUUAACUGGUCAAUUAUUUCGUAAACAUUUGUAUGCAAUUCUAUUUACACGUUGUCAUCAGAAAUCUAUUAAUACACAUCCAAAUCUAUGUGUAAUUAUUGAUCAACGACCAAGUAUAAGAGUUGAAAAUAGUCAAAUGAAAACAAUAAUAUUUCAUUCAUCAAUAAGAACAAAUAGUGAACAUUAA